UUACAACAAAGUUGAUUCUGUGUAAGGUUGGAGGCUAGACAGUUCUACAAGUUUUUAGUCACAUUUUCCAUGUCAGUUAAAUCUGGGGAGUUCAAGGCUACUGGAAAAAUUAGUCUCAUUACUAAAAGAAAUUUAGAGCCCGAAGGAGAGGAGGUACGGGAGUCCAGGAGGUACCUCUGGGCUGCAGAAGUGAUUGUAAAAUACCAGACCUGUUCUUUUUUUUUUUUUUCUUACUGAGAGCUAGUUUCACAGUCUUGAGGUCUGAACUAUUGAGGCAAUACUCAAAGCUUUAUUUUCUUCCUAAUCUUGCUGGGGAAAAAGAAGUUACUAGAAAGAAAGGAAGAAAAAAUUUGAUUUGGUGUCUGCAGGAAGCAACACGUUGCUGAUUUUAUUCUACAGAUAAUGAUUUAUGAGGAAUCCGAGAUGAAUUUGGAGCAGGAGAGGCCAUUUGUCUGCAGUGCCCCAGGCUGCUCCCAGCGCUUCCCAACAGAGGACCAUCUGAUGAUUCAUAGGCACAAGCAUGAAAUGACUUUGAAGUUUCCCUCAAUAAAAACAGACAAUAUGUUAUCAGAUCAGACUCCAACCCCAACGAGAUUCCUGAAGAACUGCGAGGAGGUGGGGCUCUUCAAUGAGCUGGACUGCUCCCUCGAGCAUGAGUUCAGGAAGGCUCAAGAGGAAGAGAGCAGCAAGAGGAAUAUUUCGAUGCAUAACACCGUUGGUGGGGCCGUGGUGGGGCCUGGAGCUCACCAGCUUGGCAGCACCCGGAUGCCCAACCAUGACACCAGCGUUGUGAUUCAGCAAGCCAUGCCGUCACCCCAGUCCAGCUCUGUCAUCACACAGGCACCUUCCACCAACCGCCAGAUCGGGCCUGUCCCAGGCUCUCUAUCUUCUCUGCUCCAUCUUCACAACAGACAGAGACAGCCCAUGCCAGCCUCCAUGCCAGGGACCCUGCCCAACCCUACAAUGCCGGGCUCUUCCGCCGUCUUGAUGCCAAUGGAGAGACAAAUGUCAGUGAACUCCAACCUCCUGGGAAUGCAAGGUCCAAAUCUCAGCAACGCCUGUGCUUCUCCCCAAGUCCAGCCAAUGCAUUCAGAAGCCAAAAUGAGGUUGAAGGCUGCGUUGACUCACCACCCUGCUGCCAUGUCAAAUGGGAAUAUGAACACCAUGGGACACAUGAUGGAAAUGAUGGGGUCCCGUCAGGACCAGACGCCACACCAUCACAUGCACUCACACCCACAUCAGCACCAGACGCUGCCAGCCCAUCACCCCUACCCGCACCAGCACCAGCACCCAGCACACCAUCCUCAUCCUCAGCCCCAUCACCAGCAGAACCACCCACAUCAUCACUCCCACUCCCACCUUCAUGCACACCCGGCACAUCACCAGACCUCGCCACACCCACCCCUGCACUCCGGCAACCAAGCACAGGUUUCACCAGCGACACAACAGAUGCAGGCCACCCAGACAAUACAGCCACCUCAGCCCACAGGGGGGCGCCGGCGAAGGGUGGUGGAUGAGGAUCCCGACGAGAGGCGGCGGAAAUUUCUGGAACGGAACCGGGCAGCCGCCACCCGCUGCAGACAGAAGAGGAAGGUCUGGGUGAUGUCACUGGAAAAGAAAGCAGAAGAACUCACCCAGACAAACAUGCAACUUCAGAAUGAAGUGUCCAUGUUGAAAAACGAGGUGGCACAGCUGAAACAGCUGUUGUUAACGCAUAAAGACUGCCCUAUAACAGCCAUGCAGAAAGAAUCACAAGGAUAUCUAAGUCCAGAGAGUAGCCCUCCUGCAAGCCCCGUCCCCACGUGCUCUCAGCAGCAGGUCAUCCAGCAUAACACCAUCACCACUUCCUCGGCCGUCAGCGAGGUGGUAGGAAGCUCCACCCUCAGUCAGCUCACCACUCACAGAACAGACCUGAAUCCGAUUCUCUAAAAUCCGAGGGUCAGACCUUGCCUCCAAGGAGAGCUGUCGCAUAUCCUGCGUCCUUUCUUUUAAGGGCAUUUUUAGAAUUAACUCAGACCUGGAAGACUCCUCAGCCCUUCAAAGACUGGCUUUCAUUUUUAUAGUUAUUAUGGAAAUGUUGUCUUUUAUACUUAGUUAUAUAAGCAAAAAAGGGAGUUAUGCAAUUAAUAAUCUAUCAGCUUGGGAAAUGCUUUGGUGCUUUUCUCCAAUUUUCUGGUACCAGUUACUUGUUUAUAAACUGAACUCUUUCUGUAUAUAGUCAUGGUUUCAUUCUUAUCAGUCCAACCCUUUCCCUGAAACGUUGAAUCUUGUUAAGCCACAGCUUUUAGCCAAAAUGAGGCGUACCUAGAUGUCCAGUAUACAGACUGCGAGGCAACUGGGGGAGGAGUCUGAUGAUGUCAUAGCUUAUGCUGAGUUGGUGCUAUGAUAUCACCAGAAUCCCAGAUAAAUGGAGAGCCUUUUCCACAACCCUGUUUCUCUUACUAUAAAAAAAGUAUAAGCUCCAUUGAUGUCCAAAUAAAAUCAGCAAGCGUCUCACCACCUCUCCUCCUGCUCUUGGUCCACUUCCUUGAAUGCCCAAUUUUCCUUUCCAUUCCCACUUUUACCUGGGCUCCCCAUUGACUCUGUUUUGUUUUUACUUUCUUCUGUUUUAUUUUUUUCCCCUUUAGCAUUGCAUGUAAAGAAGAAACUAAUGUUUAAAGGAA